UGGUAGGUGUCUGGUGUCUCUUGUAUGACAACUGCGUGAUGAGUAAUAACAAAUGAUCUCGUGAUUUUGUCCCUGUUUGGCUCCUCAAUCCGGAUCGGAAAUCGGCCUCUUUUCCAUGCCGGUCGCUCCGAGACCUUACGGAAGUGAACCUGAGUAAUUUUUGGAACCGAAAAAAGCGGAGAGAGCAGGGUUCGUUCAGAAGGAGGGAUGGAAGAUCCUGACCGGAUAGAUUUUGAACCCUCCAGGCGUCGACAGGUCCUAGAUGAUGAUCAGAGAUCGGAAAAUAAUGCGACCUGCUGCAGUCCGGCCCACAUUAGUAGCAGGGCCUGUGCACUUCUACUCAUGUGCAUCCUCGGCUUUGGCUCAUACUUUUGUUACGAUAAUCCAGCCGCCCUGCAAGACUACUUCAAGCAUGACCUCCAGCUGACCACAACGGAGUUUGUCUAUUUGUACUCUUGGUAUUCAUGGCCCAACGUGGUGCUCUGCUUUGUCGGAGGCUUUUUGAUUGACAGGGUCUUCGGAAUUCGUCUGGGCACAGUUAUUUAUUCUUUCCUGGUCGUUAUUGGCCAACUUGUUUUUGCCCUGGGUGGAGUUUUGGAUAAGUUCUGGCUCAUGGUCGUUGGCAGAUUUAUUUUCGGCAUUGGAGGUGAGUCCUUAGCUGUGGCUCAAAACAACUACGCAGUGCUCUGGUUCAAGGGAAAAGAGCUGAACAUGGUUUUUGGUCUUCAAUUGAGUUUUGCUCGAGUCGGCUCCACAGUCAACUUUAAUGUCAUGGAGCCUCUUUAUAACUGGGUCAACCACUUCUACCACGGCUACACCUGUUUGGGAGUUGUUUUAUUUAUCGCUGCUGCAACAACGAUCCUUUCUUUGGUUUCUGCUCUUGGUUUGACUGUGCUGGACAAAAGACGUGAGAGGUACCUUGGAGGUCAGAAUUCAACAGGAACGGAAGAAGUUGUGCGCAUUGGCGAUGUCCGUUACUUCCCCGUCACCUUUUGGAUGGUGGCUGGAAUUUGUGUUUCCUACUACCUGGCAAUUUUUCCUUUUAUUGCCCUCGGAAAAGUGUUUUUCAUGCGGAAAUUUGAGAUGCCGCCACAGGACGCCAACUUCGUAAACAGCCUGGUGUUCAUUAUCUCUGCAGUGGCGUCGCCCCUUUUAGGCCUCCUGGUGGACAAAGUGGGUCGCAACGCUUUUUGGGUGCUGAUCUCCAUUGUUUCAACACUCGGAUGCCAUGCCUUGCUGGCAUUCACAUUCCUGAAUCCGUACAUCGCAAUGGUCUGCAUGGGCGUCUCCUAUUCGAUGCUCGCCAGCGCUCUCUGGCCCAUGGUGGCCCUUAUCAUCCCGGACCACCAGCUUGGAACUGCUUACGGAAUAGCUCAAGCCGUGCAGAACUUAGGACUCGCAUUGGUCACAAUGCUGGCUGGUGUCAUCGUCGACAAAGGAGGAUAUCUUUUGUUGGAAAUGUUCUUCCUGGGAUGGCUCUGCGUUGCUCUUUUGAUCAGCGUACUCAUCUUGAUUAUUGAUUCCAAUGGAGAUGGAUUGUUGAACAUGAGUGCAAAGCAGAGAGAUGCGUGGGAGAAACAGAGAGAUGAACAAGCCGAGUUGGAAAGGGAGAAGUUAUUGGCCUCUGGUGCAAUGGACGAUGUUUCUCCGCAGGAUCUUUUGCAGCGCUCCGACUUCCAUAUCAGGAACAGAUAUCUAUCAAGGAUUGGAGCAGCUCUCCCAGCUCAUUGCCAAAAGGGACAAAGGUAUCGUGCGUUACGAUGAAUCAAUUUAUCAACCAAAAAUUUUAAUCAGGACGAAUUCUUUAAAUGAUUUUUAUGGAGAAUAUUUUUCUAUGAAGUACUAUUUUAUUGUUUUAAGGACUGCCUAUUUUCUAAGAUUCUUUAACAAAUAUUUUUGCGAAAGACUUAAGCAGAUUCUGUUGUAAAUAAACAUAUUUAAAUGCAAGCAUGAG